AUGCACCGCUAUCUUUUCAGCACCCUAUUUCUAAUCGGGGGAAUAAUUAGUUUCGUGGCUCUGGUUUUACUCAUUUGUGUGAUAGUGUUCAUUAUUAGGAGAAGAAGAAAGCGUGCAAAGUUAAAAUCAAAGGAGAAGGUUGUAAUGUUGAAACAACCGCGAAAGAUGGAAAGCGAAGACUUGAAUCGAGUGAAAUUUGCUGCAGCAGGACCACUAGUGCUGGACAGAAAAUUGGAAGGUCCAGUGAAGCAUGCUCUUGAUGACGAGUGUUCCCAAGCCCUACAGGGUAUAGAGUUCGACGUUCGUCAAAACGAAAUUGUUGACAUCGGCUCAAACAUCGAACUUAUAGGGAACGAACCAAGCAACACAGAUCGUACCACUGAGGCGUCCAGACUAUCUCAAGCACUACCAAUACCAAUACCAAUACCCAAAGUACGAACGACACCUUCGGCGCCAAACGUUGUCGCUAAACGAAUUCGAAAAACACUAUCAAGAGAUGGAAAGCGGCCUCGUGUUAGGCAAAAGCAAAGUCGAAAGACGUCUUAG